CUGAUUUUGAAUCACGACAGUUCUGUUAAAGAAAUCACGAUCACGUUGUGUCCACGCAUACACCAUGCACAUAUAAGCAGAAUACGCUUACAGAUAUGCAUCUGAUACUCAUACAGCGAAAAUGAUUCGAGCUCUCCAUUUGUUCGCCCUGGUGGCUUUUGUUGCCUACGUGUCGGCCUUCUGUACCACUGAUGCCGACUGUCCGACAGGUGUCUGUGGACAUGGUGAAGUGAACAGCUGUCUCCUCGUGAAUGGAGCAGGCGGCGGCAAUGGCGAGAAGCAGUGCAAGUGUGUGCACCAUAAGAAGAGAGCUGAUGAGUGCCAGACAAACAGUGACUGCGCCCACACUUCAUGUCCACAUGGAAAGCAUCACGCUUGCCUUCAACACGGUUCCACUGGCGAAAAAUACUGCGACUGUGCAUAAUUUCAAAUAAUGGUUUUUAUCUUUUAUAAUAAAAGAAACAAUAAGA